CGUACUGUACGAGGCAAUUCCCAUCUGAAUCGUCACUGUUCCAGUGCCGAGUCAAGAGAGGUGUACGUGGCAAUUACGUAUAUUAAUAUAUGUACAACGUAGUAAACCACGUGUUACGUAUAUUAUACAAAAUUUUGUACGAUUGUGAAGAUGGCAAAUUUUGCUAAGCAAGAACUGUUGAAGUACGGUUGGGAGGAAGGCAAAGGACUUGGUAAAAAUGAAAAUGGCAUAACGGAACCCAUAAAACUCGCGACAAAUCAGAAUAAGGCAGGUAUAGGAUACGACGAAUACAAACCUUGGUGGGACAGAUUGUAUGAUGACACCAUCAAAAACAUUAAAGUUGAGUUGAAUGAUAAAGAGUUUUCUUUAAUGAAAAAUCUUAAUAAAACCGCCGCUACUUCCAAAACUAACUGCCAUAAUUUCUGUGAAAACUUUAAGGGUCCGCGCAUUUUUGAUUAUAAAAUGAACAUGUUCAGAACAUGUUCAGAUUCAGAGAACUUAUUUAAGAAAAUACAUACAAAUAUGUUCAAUCAGAAGGUUGGAUUACAUCAUAACAAAGCUAUGCUUGAACCAACGGAACACAAUUUUUCAAAUGGAAAAUCGAAAAGAAUUGCACAGCAGGAUGCAUUAUAUUUAAAUACUGACCCUCUGUUAAGUGAUGCUAUGAUCGAUCAAAAAAAUGACAUAGCCGACAGAAAUGCAAAAUCAGACAUCGAGGAAAAUAAGUAUGGAAGAGUAAGCAUGAUGCAAUAUUUUGGAAAAACAAAAGAUUUUGUUUUAUCCAAAACUGCAAAGAAGAAAAAUAGAAAAAAAUUACAUAAAUUAAUCGAGCAACUAAGCACUUGUAGUUUAGAAGAGAACAAUAACCAAAAACAGAACUUUUUGGAUAUGAAGCUCAAAAAGUUAGAAUCUCAAAAGAUGAAGAAAGAUAAACAUAUGGAAAAAAAAAAGAAUUUAAAAAAAAUACUGUCCUUAUAUAAUUCAAUGAAAUCUGAUGCUUCUAGUAGUACAAGUCAAGCAAAAAUAACAGAAGACUUAUUAUUUCAACAUACUAAUCUCAAGAAGCUAAUACAAGACGAAUUAUUUAGUAUGGUUAAAAGAAAAUCAAUAGAUCAGACAUCUGAUGAUAUUUUAUUAGAGGUGAAAUUAGAUGAUAUUUUAUUUGAAUCAGAAAGAUGUGAAAAGGAAAAAGAUAGCACUGAGCAUAAAGUAGACCAAAGUCUGAAAAUGGAAAACGUGGUAGACAAUAAGGCAGACGAAUCAUUUAAAAAAGAUUGGGUAAUAAUUGAUGUUGCAACAAAGACUGACAAGGAAAGAGAGAAUUUUGAUUGCAAGGCAAUACUUCCGAACAAGACAACAGAUAGAAUAUGCAAGCACGACAUCUCAAAAAUAGCUAAAUAUAACAAUCCGGAAGGAAAAAUAAAUCAUGACUUCUACUUCCUAAAUUUAAACAAAAUACAAAAAAAGAAAAAUCUGCGCCCCCCUUCGAAAGGAAUUAGGAAAAUUGUCGAAAAACUGAAAGAUGAAGCUUUGGCAAAUGAAUUAAAUUCUGCAAUAAAAAAUUUAACAAUAUUUGAUGUUGAAAAAUUACCGUUCAAAAUAAAUGCAAAUACCAUUGAAAAGAAACUCGUAGUACCCACUCAAACUCAUCGUAUGCCUGUUUAAAAAAAAAGAAAAA